AUGUCCUCCCAUGACCUGCUGAUCAAUGCGGCCGGCAUUCGCGAUUCAGGUACCUACAAAUGCAUCGCGUUCAACGUUGUCGGACGGUGGUGUUUGACUCAUGAACUGAUUGUGCAGCCGACCGUCAGCGUGGCUCGAAGCGAGGUCGUUACUGUACACCCGAACCUCCAGCAGUGGAUGCAAGUCGGCACCUUCGUGCUGACGGCCGUUUUGGCACUGCUGAUGACCGUUUACUUUGUCGUGUCCAUAUUUCUAGUCAUUGCCCGACCCCUGAACUCAUCUCGGCGCCACUGCCGUUGUAUGCCGAUAUUCGUCAGCCAGUGCACCUCACCUCCUCCUCCGCCACCUUACAACGAGUUUAUCAUCUGA